AUGCCAAAUCCACCUCCCGCCUGGGUGCAGGCCCUCAAGCCCGCCUCACCGCAAGGCACAGAACUGCUGACUCAGGAGCGUGCCCAGUCAAACAUUGACGUAGACACGCUCGGCGACCUCCUGCACACGAAAGAAGCACUCAAGAAGCAAGACGAGAUCUUGUCGGUGCUGAAAUCCGAAAAGGUCUUCGACAAGUCGCGCAACCAUGUCCUUGGACGUACUGAGAAGAUCCAGCUUGCGUUGGCGCGGGGAAAGAGACUGCAGCAGUUGAAGAAAGCACACAAUUGGUCAGACGAGGAUGUGCAUGUUGCGAAUGAUUUGGUGUCUGAACCAACGCCUUACGGUUUGCAUGCGUCGAUGUUCUUGGUGACACUUCGCGAACAAGGAACACCGGAACAACAUAAGCUGUUUUACGAGAGGGCGAGAAACUACGAGAUUAUUGGAUGCUAUGCACAGACGGAACUGGGACACGGAUCGAACGUGCGUGGGCUGGAGACAACGGCUACCUGGGAUCCUUCGGAUCAGACAUUCAUCAUCCAUUCGCCGACCCUGACGGCGUCCAAGUGGUGGAUCGGGUCGCUGGGACGGACGGCGAACCAUGCGGUGGUGAUGGCGCAGCUGUACAUUGGGGGCAAGAACUACGGGCCACACCCGUUUGUUGUUCAGAUCCGGGAUAUGGAGACGCAUCAGCCGCUGGAGAAUGUCUAUGUCGGUGAUAUUGGGCCAAAGUUUGGUUAUAAUACCAUGGACAACGGGUUCCUUCUUUUCAACAAGUUGAAGAUCCCCCAUGUCAACAUGUUAGCGCGGUUUGCGCAGGUUGACAAAGCCACGAACAAGUACAUCCGCCCCGCCUCGCCAUCACUUAUGUACGGAACCAUGACCUGGGUGCGCUCGAAUAUUGUCCUGCAAGCUGGCGGUGUCCUCGCUCGCGGCGUGACCAUUGCUGUCCGCUACUGCGCUGUUCGGAGACAGUUCCAAGACCGUGACGCCAAGGCCAAUGCCGAAGAGAACCAAGUCCUGAAUUACAAGAUGGUCCAGAUCCGACUUCUUCCGUUGCUCGCCGCUAUGUAUGCUCUGCACUUCACUGGCCGCGGCAUGAUGCGCUUGUACGAGGAGAACCAGGAACGAAUGAAGGCUGCCGCUCAGGCAGACCAAGAGAAGCGGGGUGCGGGCCCAGAGCAGCUCCGCGCGGGCUCUGAUCUCCUUGCCGACUUGCACGCCACAUCGUGUGGUCUCAAGGCCCUGGCUAGUACAACCGCCGGUGAAGGUCUCGAAGUCUGCCGUCGUGCCUGCGGUGGCCACGGCUACAGCAACUACAGCGGUAUUGGCCCGUGGUACGCAGAUUACCUGCCGACCCUGACUUGGGAGGGCGACAACUACAUGCUCACUCAGCAGGUUGCGCGAUAUCUCCUCAAAUCCGCUCGCGCCGUCCUCGCUGGCAAAGGCACCGCCAACGACACCUCGCGCAUUCUGCAAGCGUACCUUGCCCGCCGCGACAAGGGCGCCUCGUUCGACAUUCUUGGCAACGACGCCGACAUUGUCGCGGCCUUCGCUUGGCGGACGGCCCACCUCACAUUCGAGACUCUCAAGUACCGAGACGUUGAGAAGCGCUCGUGGAACAGUCUGCUUAUCAACUUCUGGCGUCUUUCCACCGCUCUAUCACAGUACCUCGUCGUGAAGAACUUUUACGAAGCCGUCAACUCGCCCGAAAUCAGAUCCUCCCUUGACAAGGACACAGCAUCUACCCUCCGAUCUCUCUUCCGCCUCCACGCCCUGCACACUCUCGACCGCGAAGCCUCCGAGUUCUUCUCCUCCGCUGCCGUGACGGUACGGCAGAUCGGCCUCACUCAGACAAGUGAGGUUCCGAAGCUCCUUGAUGAGAUUCGGCCGCAUGCGGUGAGACUCGUUGAUUCUUGGAAGAUUCCCGAUUGGCAGCUCGACAGCGCGCUCGGACGCAGCGACGGCGACGUCUAUCCCGAUCUGUUCAAGAGGGCGAGCAUGCAGAACCCGGUUAACGAUCUGGUGUUUGAUCCAUAUCCAUGGAAUGAGAAUGUGCUGAAGAACGCGGGGGAGAUUAAGAGCAAGCUGUGA